UUGCCUUCACUGCCCAAUGCCCCAAACCACUUCACAAUUUUGAUUUCAUAGAUUCAAUCCCUUCCAUCAACCCAAGAGAUCGAGAUCAACAAUGGCGGUCGCAGCCUCAGAAAUCAACGGACUCAACCUCACUCCGCUAUCCAAAGCCGACGACAACUACCACAGACCCACUGAACUCAAAGCUUUCGAUGACACUAAAGCCGGCGUUAAAGGCUUAGUCGACGCCAAAAUUACCGAAAUCCCCCGUAUCUUUUACCACCCACUGGAGGAACAUGACUCCAACGGAACCCAAUUCCAUAUUCCAGUGAUUGACCUCGAAGGUGUUGGCAAUGAUUCACUCAAACGCAAACACAUCGUCGAUCAAAUCCGUGAUGCUUCAGAAGAAUUGGGCUUCUUCCAAUUAAUUAACCAUGGAAUUCCGAUAACCGUUCUUGAAGAAACAAGAGACACUGUUCGGAGAUUUCACGAACAAGACACGGAAGUGAAGAAACAGUACUAUACUCGAGAUCUCAUGCAGCCUUUUAUUUACAAUAGUAAUUUCGAUUUGUAUUCUGCACCCACCACCAAUUGGAGGGAUACCUUUGGCUAUGUUAGUGCACCAAAUCCUCCUGAUCCACAGGAAUUGCCGGAAAUUUGCAGAGAUAUUCUGGUGGAUUACUCGAAAUGGGUGAUGAAGAUUGGAAAAUUAGUGUUUGAAUUGCUGUCGGAAGCUCUGGGUUUGAAUCCUAAUUAUUUGAACAACAUAGGGUGCAGUGAUGGGCUUGCAUUUGCAUACCACUAUUACCCUGCAUGUCCACAACCAAAAUUAACCAUUGGCAUAUCCGAGCACUCUGACACUGACUUCAUCACGGUGCUGUUGCAAGACCACAUCGGCGGCCUACAGAUUCAUCAUCACAACAACUGGAUUGACGUCCAUCCUGUCGCCGGAGCCUUGGUUGUCAACAUGGGAGAUCUUAUGCAGCUAAUAACAAAUGAUAGGUUCAAAAGCGUUAAUCAUAGGGUUCUAUCGAAGCAUGAAGGUCCGAGAAUAUCAGUGGCGGGCAUUUUCUCGACGACGCUUUUGCCAAGUGACAAACUUUAUGGUCCCAUUAAGGAACUGGUAUCUGAAGAAAAGCCUGCAAUUUACAGAGAAACUACAAUUAGAGACUUUAGUAUUAAGUUCCAGUCAGACGGACUUGGAACUUCUACUUUGAAGCAUUACAAGCUAAAUCAAGCAAAUGUUUAGAUCAAAAGGAGAUUGAUGAUCCAAGAUAAUAUUUUUAUUGACUAUGUUUACUCUGUUUAUGUGGACAAAUUGUUACUUUCUGUCAUUAUCACGUCACGUGUUAUAGUUAUUUUUCUUCCACUUCGUUUUAUAGUGUUACUAUCGUAAAGUUGAAGUUCAACUUCAAUAAAACAAUGGCUUAUCCUUUUGAAAUUAGGCCACGUUUAUCAA